AUGAUUAGUCAAUACAAUGCCACUCUGGCUGUCAGUGUUGCCAGAUCACCAACUAGUGGGUGGAUGAAUAGUGUAUCGUCUGUGCUGUCAGCUCAUUGUCCAUCUGUGUUUAUGUCUGGAGUGGGGGAGUUACGUCAGACAGGCUGGUGGAAGCUGUAUCCAGAUGCACUAGCUACAAACACUGAUGCUUCUUGUUCUGAAUCUUUAUCAUUGAAAACUAUUAGGGGACAGAAGAGAGUACAGUCUUCUUCUCCAGAUAUUUAUUUUGAUGAGUCACUUACAGUUGCGAGCAACCAUGCUAUAACAGCAAUUGCUGAAGGUACAAAGAUAAACAAAGAACCAACUCUUCCAGAUAUGUCAAGAAGAGAACAAUACCACAUAAGUGAGAGCAUUCAAAUGUCGAAAAAGUUACCCCAUGUUUCACAAGAGUCAGGUCUUUUAUCUAAUGUUAGAGUUCCCUGUUUUCCUGUCAUUAAUGUAGACAGUUUGCAGCUCAUAAAGCCUCAUGCAGAGAGGACUUUACUUUGUCAGCUGAAGACUUCCUCAAGAGUUCUAAAGUCUUUAGUGUCUCAAAAGCUGAAGCACAAAGCAAAUCGUCUUGUUAGAAAGAUUUCUGUGAGGCAAACGAAACGAGCACGAGGAAUUCCAGUGUUUAAUCUUGACCUGCAAGUAGCAAAGGAAAUAAACGGAAACUCUUCUAAAGUUGGCCAGUGUAACCAUAAGUGCUACACACAGGUGAUCAUGAUGCAGAGUCAUCCCAUAUUAGAUAGAUUUUUGGUGAGUGGAGUAAGUGGUAGUUUUCCUGUUACAUUUGUUCACCGACUUAUGGGAGGAGGGAAUUUAAUUGCCAUGCAAGAGUUUGUUAGCCCGUAUACGGGAAGGCUUCUGAAGCCAUUUAUUUGGAGAGACUAUGAAUGCUUGCCUGCUCGACUGAAACUGCUGAAUGAACUUCAGUCUGUCUAUUGGAAGCGCAAUGGAAUUGUGUCAUAUUCUGAUGACAAAGAACCAAUUGACUACUGCUAUGUAAGACCUUGGCACAUUCCAGCUGUCAACUCCUUGUGCAGACAGUUUUUCUGGCCAAACAUUGACUUGUCUGAGUGUUUACAGUAUCCAGAUUUCAGUGUUGUAGUCCAAUACAAGAAGCUAGUAAUUGCCUGUGCAUUUAUGACACCUGAUGUGAAGUAUGAUGAAGCCUAUAUAUCGUUUCUUGUUGUUCAUCCUGAAUGGCGACGCUGUGGUAUUGCUACAUUUAUGAUUUAUCACUUGAUUCAGACAUGCAUGGGAAAAGAUGUGACUCUUCAUGUAUCAGCCACUAAUGAGGCAAUGGUCAUCUACCAGAAGUUUGGUUUCAAAGCUGAGGAGUUGAAUCCAGACUUUUAUGACAACUAUUUCCCUGCAGAAAGCAGAGAAUGUAGGCAUGCAUUCUUUCUCAGAUUGAGACGAUCAUAGUGUGCAUAACUAUAUAACUACAGAAAUUGCAUCAAUUACUAUUUCAAGUAUCCUUGCUGAAUCAUUUGAAAUUGGUCCAUGAGAUGCAAAGUUUUGGUUUGGUAUAUGGACAUGUAAUAGGAAGUAAUUAGUAGUUGUAGCAUAAAACUGAGCCUCACAAUGUGACAAACGUUUAUUGGAUUACCACCUAGUUUCAAAUUCAUUACUUCAUAUCACUA